AUUAGAUAGUUGUGACACACGAUAUUAUCUAUCACCCACGCUUCUUACCUGUCCUGUUCUGUAACAAAUAGUGUCAUUGUUCCUUCCCGCAACUACCGAAGAAGUUUCAAACCGUAGACAUUGUUUCAUCGGCAAGGAACCACGCCAGAGCGACAGAAGUGAAACAGAUGACGAUGGAAUGGAAAGUUCUGCUCCUGCUGUCCGUCCUCCGAGCCGCCUCUUCCGCUGUCAUCAUCAGCGAAAUCAACGCCGACAACCCUUCCAUCGACGACCAAGAGUUCAUUGAACUCUACAACGCCGGCAGCACGCCCGUGUCCCUGCAAAGCUUCACCCUCGUCCUGUACAACGGAGAGACCGACCCAUCACGUGCGUAUGACGUCAUCACAUUCGGAAAUGACGACAUAGUCCAGCCAAAGGGAUAUUACGUCAUCGGGUCAGCUAAAGUCCAGCCGACUCCAAACAAGAUAUUUUCUACCGCAGAAAAUAUUUUACAGAACGGGCCGGAUGCAGUGGCGCUUUACUAUGGCAAUCCGGCGGACUUUGCGGUGGGCAUGGCUCCUACAACAAGCAGCUUGGUCGAUGUAGUCAUCUACACCAAAUAUCCAAGACCAACAUCUCUACUGGAAGCUCUAGCACCGGGACAAAGCAUUGUCACGGAAAUUUCCGGUACAGAUGUUUCCAUCAGUAGUUGCAAUGGCAUUGUUCCUAUAGACCUGUCCAGGUUUAAAUCAGGGAACCCUACCCCCGGGCGAGUAAACGACUGUGACCCACCUCCCCCCACCGCCGGACCCCCAACCCUCCCGGAACCUCGCCCCGUCCUCCCCCCAACUCCAGCUGUGAUCAUCUCCGAAGUGAACGCCGACAAUGUCAUGGUCGACGACCAGGAAUUCAUCGAACUCUUCAACCUCGAAAGUCGCGAUGUCGUGCUGGAUAACUUCGUCCUCGUGCUCUACGACGGAAGUACGACCGCGAACGCUUAUGACGUAAUCAGUCUCACCGGAUAUGUCGUCAAGCCAGGUGGCUACUUCGUUGUCGGGUCAAGAAACGUCCGACCUGUACCGGACUACAUUCUACCAAAGGGAGUGAACAUCUUAGAAAAUGGGCCCGACGCAGUGGCUCUCUAUUACGGUUAUCUCACCGACUAUUCCGUAGGGAUGGCACCGACGGCUGAUAAGUUAGUAGACGUUGUGAUAUACACUAAGUACUCCUCCAUGACAUCCACCCCGCUACUGAACAUACUCGCUCCUUCACAGAACAUAGUGUUGGAAGGUUCUGAGAUUGAUCCGUCUAUAAGCAGGUGUGGAGGAUUCACGCCCAAAGUCUUGUCGCAAUUUCGUGCUACAACACCCACACCAGCCAGCGCCAAUAGCUGUCCUACCCCGCCGGCAACACCAGCUCCUCAACAGACGGAAUUACCAGUCCCGUUCCCUCCACCAGCGCUAGUCAUCAGUGAAGCCAACCCAGAAGAUCCUCCAACCAAUGGGCAGGAAUUCAUCGAACUUUACAACCCGGAGAGUCGCGCCAUUUCAUUGGACUAUUUCGUUCUCGUCCUCUACGAAGGCAGUUCUCCUACCCAAUCAUGCGCCGUGAUCCCCCUGAUAGGAUACUUUAUCCAACCGAACGGAUACUUCGUUAUCGGUAGUAGAAACGUACAGCCGGUACCUGACAAAGCGCUUGACUAUGGCGUACAUAUUCAUCAAGGCGGACCCGAGGCGAUUGCCUUGUACUACGGACAAGCGACUGACUACACGGUAGGAAUGGCACCCACCUCCAGAAAUCUCAUAGAUGUUGUCAUCUUUGCCAAAGCUAGCGAGAUGUCCAACCCAACACUGGCAACGAUGGUGAAUGUGUUAGCUCCUGGGCAAAACUUCAUCACAAAAAGCGAUGCCGUAGACUCUUCCAUUAGUAGAUGUGGUGGCCUCGCUCUAAGAGAUCUAUCCAUGUUCAAAGCAACAUACACCUCUCCAGCUCGCGUAAACGAUUGUCGAGAGGUCAUAAUCUCAACAACAGCGGCCCUGCCCACCUCUACCCCAACACCGAUCCAACCACUUCCUACCCUGCGACCUAACGUCAUCAUAAGUGAAAUAAACGCCGACAACCCUUUUGCUGACGAUCAGGAGUUCAUAGAACUAUAUAACCAGGAGAACCGCGCAGUAGCGUUAGACGGGUUCGUCAUUGUCCUCUUUGACGGCAACUCGAUGAAGGCUUACGAAGUUAUUCCUUUGCGGGGACAAACUGUGCAAGCAAACGGAUUCUUCACCGUUGGUUCCGGUAAAGUCCAACCCCUACCGGAUAUAGUUCUACCCAGGGAAGAGCAUAUAUUACAGAAUGGCCCAGACGCGGUUGCGCUUUACUAUGAUAGGUCAGCAUAUCAAACGGGUAUGGCACCGACGGCGGUAAAUUUGGCCGAUGCCGUCGUCUACAGCAAAUAUCGUAAUAAACUGGACACGCCGCUAGCCAGCAUCUUAACAACUGGUCAGAGAGCUAUCCUGGAAAGAGCGGAUAUUCCUGACGCGUCCAUUAGCCGGUGUGGAGGGACCAUCCCACGCGUCCAGGCGAUGUUUCAGACCACCUACCCCUCCCCAUCGGAGAUAAACGACUGCCGAGUUUUGCCGACUGCCCCGCCGACACCCGCACGAGCACCGCCGAGGCUCGUAAUAAACGAAGUGAACGCCGACAAUCCAAGGUUCGACACGAUGGAAUUUGUAGAAAUCUACAAUCCAGGGAUGGAGAAGGUUUCUCUGGAUUCUGUCUUCCUCGUCUUGUACAAUGGUAACAAUGACCGCGCGUAUAGUGCCAUCAACUUGAGCGGGUAUGAAAUAGAACCAGACGGUUACUUUGUCGUGGGGUCUUCCCUUGUUGUCCCUCGUCCUGAUUUUGCAUUGGAAAGGGGCAAAAACAUCCUUCAGAACGGAGAGGACGGAGUCGCACUUUACUUCAACCCAAGCGGCGGUGACAACUAUUACCAGAUACCUGUAACGGCUAACAACCUGAUAGAUGCAGUGGUGUAUUCUGUAAGGUUCUGGGACGGAAGUAACGCCAUCUUGAACACGCUUACACCUGGACAGCAAGCUCUGAUCGAGUACUCCCAACAUAACGCCGGGGACGUGGACGAAUCCAUCAGUAGAUGUACGGGGAACGACCCACUGCGGUUAGACCAGUUCAAACUCGGAUUUGUCACUCCUGGUAGGAGGAACAACUGCACGGUGGUUCCCGUGAGUAACUAUCCAGGAGUAAUACUCAGUGAGAUCAAUGUUGACAUGCCUUCAGUAGACGACCAGGAGUUCAUCGAACUGUACAACACAGAGGACUAUGACGUGAUACUGAACUACUUCGUGCUUGUGUUAUACGACGGCGCUUCUUCGCCCAAAGCGUACGAUGUUAUCCCCCUCACAGGACAGAGAAUCCCAAAGAAAGGUUACUUUGUCAUAGGAACGGCUAACGUCCAGCCUGUUCCGGACGUGAUUCUUGGCGAGGGACAGAACAUCUUACAGAACGGUCCCGACGCCGUGGCUCUGUAUUACGGCUCACCAGGUGACUUCACCAUAGGCAUGGAUCCGACGAGUCUCAAUCUUGUAGAUGUCGUCAUAUACACCGUGUACCAACAGUUAGUGAACACCCCCCUGACGACGGUACUAGCUCCUGGACAGAACACGAUCAUAGAAAGCAAAGAGGCUCAAACGACUGACAAAUCAAUAAGCAGAUGUUCAGGACUCAAUGCAAAAGAUUUGUCCACUUUUCAGUCAAGUGCUCCAACUCCACGUGCACCCAACGCCUGUAGUGUCUCACAGACAACAGAUGUACCAACAACUACAACAACAACACCUGACCAAACAGCAGCAACAAUCCCUACAACAACACCAAUCAUCAUCAUUAACGAAGUCAAUGCCGACAAUCCUUCCAUAGACAAGCAAGAGUUCAUUGAACUUUACAACACGGAGAACCGAGCUGUACUGCUUGACAACUUCGUUAUUGUACUGUUCGAGGGGAACGUUUUACGUAAGGCCUAUGGAAUCAUGUCCCUAGCCGGACAGGCAGUUGAGCCACACGGGUAUUUCGUCAUCGGCACAAAGAACGUUGUACCGAAGCCGAACAUGGUGCUGCAAGCGGGGACGAGGAUCCUCCAGAACGGACCUGACGCCGUGGCGCUGUAUUACAGCGAUCCUCUCACCCCAGAUCUUUACAAACUCGGCAUGAACCCCAUCGCUAGAGACCUCGUCGACGUGGUAGUUUACACCAAGCACCCCAACGUUACCCACACACCGCUCAUAGAUGUCUUGGCCCCUGGCUCCAGCGCUGUCGUGGAGAGCGGCAUCAUUGACGUGUCUGUCAGCAGGUGUGGCGGGUUCGUUCCCCGGGCCAUCUCCCAGUUCCAGGCGACUCUUCCUUCGCCAUCACGCCCAAACGACUGUCGCCCUCUUCCAACACCCAAUCUUGUCAUCAAUGAGUUCAACGCAGACAACCCGAAACAGGAUAAGCAUGAGUUCGUCGAGUUGUACAACCCAAACGACUUCAGGAUACCACUCGAUUCUGUUUACCUGAUCUUCUACGACGAUGAUCAUAACUGGGCGUACGAAAUAAUUGACCUCACUGGGAGAGAAAUCACGGCAAAGGGUUACUUCGUGGUUGGAUCAAAAAGGGUCGUCCCUCGCCCGGACUACGUCAUUGACAAAAGCGAAAGAUUGUUGAAAAACAGGGAAGACGGAAUUGGUCUGUAUUACAACCCGAGUGCACGGUAUUACAAACUGAUGCCUGUUACAACUGAGGGAUUGAUAGACGCAGUAGUCUACUCAAAGAAAGUCUUUGAAGGAACUAACGUCCUUUUGAACACCCUGACACCUGGACAGAAGGCCCUCCAUGAAGACUCCAGUUUCAAUGCCGACGACGUGGAUGAAUCUCUCGGUAGAUGUGGCGGUGUAACCCCCCGCGAGCUAUCAAACUUCGCCCUAACAUACCCAACACCCGGCGCUAGGAACAACUGUUCGUCCAAAGCGCCCAAAAUCAUCAUCAACGAAAUAAACGUAGGCAACCCCUCGUAUGACCGGAGAGAAUUCAUAGAGCUCUACAACAAAGAGUCGAAGACUGUAUCACUAGACUCCGUCUCCGUAGUGUUAUACGACGGUAACAGGGAUAAAGUGUACCUAGCUAUUGGUUUAGAAGGCUACUCAAUUCCACCGAAAGGGUAUUUUGUUAUAGGAACGGAAGGUUUGCGUCAAACUCCGGACUAUCAACUAGACAGGUUCCAAAACGUCAUACAAAACGGAGAAGACGCCGUGGCUCUGUACUACGAUCCGGGCGGACGGUACAAGAAGGGGAUGCCUGUGACGUUGGACAACCUCAUAGACGCCGUGGUGUACUCUACACGUGAGUGGACAGGCAGUAACCUGAUCCUGAAGACUCUCACACCUGGACAGAAGCCGUUACACGAGUCGCAGGUGCACUACCCGGGAGACAUAGACGAGUCGCUCAGCAGGUGCAGAGGCACUGAUCCCGUCACCCUGUCACAGUUCGCCCUGUCCGCCCCAACACCCGGCAAACAGAACAACUGUGACGACAUACCGGAUACGGAGGAAGGACAGACGGGGGAAAAAGCAACCGCAGCACCUGUUACAUCCGGAGGUACGAUCGCCGGCGCCGUGAUUGGGUUCCUCCUGGCUGUAGUCAUCGCGGCUCUCGUAGGGUUUUACGUCUACCGCAGACGCUUGGCAUUUCCGAAACCAGUGAAGGACGACAUAAAGGUUGCUUAUCGCGACCUCGGCUACGACGACGGUACAGACGCCUAGAACUAACGCUAGAACUAACGCCUAGAACUAACGCUAGUUCACCUUUAUCCGAGGGGUGACCUAUAUCUGUUAUAUCUUAAGAUAUGGUACUUAGGGAUAUCUAGUCGACGGAAGGUGGUUUCAAACAGCAAUAUUUUGAAAAUAUUGCAAGUUGAAACCACCGUUCGUCGACUUGAUGUCCUUAAAUACCCUGUUUUUAAAUUUAACGGAUAUAGGUUACCUCGCGGAUAAAGGUGAACUACAGUUACAGUGCCGGCAAAUUUCAAAUAUAAUUAGGUAGCAAAAACAAGGAUAUUUCGUUGUAUCAGUUCAGUUGAAGUUCGAUGUAAUUCGAAUUACUAUAUUUAAAAGGUAGUACCACAGCUAUUAGCAUGUUGAAAGUACGGUAGGAAGAUUUGUAAGAGCUCUGGACUUAGAUUUAAAUAUGCUAAUCUUAGUAGUGGGGGUAAGAUAUACGAACUGUUAACUUGUAAUUUCAUAUUUUAGCAAUAUGUUACUUUAACUUAGAUUAAUAGCUAGCUGCGUUGUGUCUAUCCUACAUAGUUAACAUCAUAGUCCAGACCUAUAGUAACUUUUUUUACGUUUACGAAUAACUGAAAUAGGUUAUAUGUAGAAAUACGACAUUCCUCUUGAUGCAACUCUACUAAUAUUUGAUUUAUACUGUUAUUUGAGACCUUGUGUUAUAUCACGCGACUAAAACAUCACCAAUUCUCCGGACCAAAUGUUCAUAUCCUUAGAAAAUGGACGUACUCACUAGAAAAUGCUAUGCCGCUGUCGCAUUGAAAGAAAAAUUAAUCGGAUUUUCGUCAUGGAAAAGAUAUGUUGCGGCUAAGAAAUUUUCAAACUUUAUGUAAACUGUCUUAAACGUAACUGUCAACGCGUACCUUCACAUCCUGUUUGCCCUCAUCAUUCAUGUAUUCUAACCUAUAUAUAGGUCAAUGAUUCUUCAUCCUUUGUUACGUGGUGUUUCAUAGGCAUUCAUCUGAGAGUAUCAAAUUUUAGUAGUUCGUUUGGUGGUUUAUAUUUGGCACCUGCGAAUCAGAAGAGGCAGUGGCUUGUACGUUUUGUAACGGUUAUUUAGACAACACAAAAUAUAUUGGAACAAUGAAAGAUGUAGAAAUAUAUUCAUUAUGACUAUUUCAGUCUUCAUCUACUCUAUCAAUGUACUACAAAGGUUUUACAGCCAUACCUUAUGUACAAACACAUCAAACACAUCAUAGCAUCAAGUCCAGUCAAAGUUUAUUGCACACCAAUUGUAACAGAUACAAUGUAAGAUAAAGCGUUAUAUAUGACUACUGGCUAGUUACUAAAUCUAGCACGAUCCACAUGUAGAUUCUUCGUUAUAUAAUAAUGUUAAUAAAAUACUGACUACAAAACUACA